CAAGCUGCCUGGAUUGGCAUUCGGCCUUUGCCCGAGUCCUCACAGGCAGCUCAUGCUGAUCCCGCUGGAGUACAGACCUGAGAGGCUCUGGCUGACUCUAGGCAGCGGCGACUCAUGAUGGAACAGAUCCGACGUAUCUCUCUGCCAAUGACGUUGAGCCGGAAGGAUUCCUCGGAGGGUGAAAGCAGAGGCUCCCCGGAGGAGCCAGAAAUGGUUGAUGACCGGCAGCCCCAGCCCACACGGAUUUUGGUACAAAAAGUGCCACCGCAUGGGCCAAAGAGUUCACAGGCUGCCCAAAGACCACAGAAGGAAGAAGCCCAGCUCAUCAUCAGUGGCAGAAAGCUUACGGUGAUGCCGGUGCUGACAGAGCACGGCAUCGUUCACACCACAGUGAUCCCCACGCCAGAGGGCUAUACCAUCCCGGUGCUGAAGACCGGGGACGGUUUCGCCCUGCCUGCCGUGGCAGUGGAUGACCAAGUCAGAGUGAGAUCCUCAGAGGAGAGCGAGGAGAGCACGGAGGACCUGUCGGACGGCGAGGCUUCUUGGGUGGAGGUGGAAGGGCCUCAACCCAGGCUCAGCCAAGAGGAGCUGAUCAUGAUCUCAGAGCUGCAGGAAGCGCAGAGUGCGUACAUGCACGACAAGGCGGACAUGACGCGCAGCCACAAGACAGCCUGCAAAGAACUGCUGCAGUGGCUAAUCCGGAUGGCAGAAAGGGGCGGAGCAGAGGCCCGGGAGUUUCAAGCGCUGGAGGCGGCGCACCUGGAAGGUGCUCUGCAGCAGCAAGACGUCAUGGACGCGGUGAAGAAGAUCUUGCAGCAGGCCGGCAGCAAGGCCGGCAGGGCCGGGAUCCACCCGGCCACUUCGCCGCCGGAGCCACGGCAGGGCGCUAAGCAUGAGGCCAAGGGGCCGCCCUUCGGGCCGGAAGUGGUGUCCAUCAUUCUCGACAACGUGCCUGCUACGGUGCAGCAGUGGGAGCUCCUGGACGAGGUGAAUAGCCGUGGCUUCCACCACAAAGUGGACUUCCUGUACUUGCCCGCUUCAGCUGCGGGCAACAACGAUGGAUUUGGUAUCCUCAACUUCACACAGCCAGAAUUCGCGCACGAGUUCUACAAGGCCUUCCACGGGACGUUUUUGCAGCUUCGGCCUCAAGGCAAAGCCCUUGCGGUGACACGGGCGCCCCUUCAAGGCCGAGAAACACUGUGGGAGCGGUUCAAGGGAGCUGCUUCAGACGCAGAGCAGUCGGCGAACCAUGGGCCUCUCCUGCUGAACCCCUCCGCAAAGAAGAUGUCGCAGCCAAAGGUCAUGCAUGCUGCGGAGUUCGAGUCUCAACAGGUGUGCCCUCAUUGCAGCAGCCUGGUGUGGGGCUACAAGGUGUGCUACCGAUGUGGCGCAAAGGUGGCCAACUCGGCGAGCCGGCGGAAUUGAUCCAUGAUAUGCCUGGGACUGGGACUUUCUCUCCCUGAGAUUCGUG